AUUUCACCAACCCUCCCACUUUAAUCUCACUUCUUCCCGUGCUACCAGAUUUUCAGAGACACUCUUAAUAUACUUCGUCUCAUAGCGCUUAAUUCUGUUCUCCAUCUUUCCGUCUUCACAAUCCACCCUCUGGGCCCUCGAUUUCGACCAACGAGACUACUCCAGUCAUACAUAAGAUUACAUCCUUUACACAGUCCUCCCACGAUACCCUCAACUCGGUCGAUUUCGCAUACAACUGUCACUGUGUAGAACGCGACCACAAUAACGACACCUCGUCCGGCCCCGCGGCGCUCAAUCUGACGUUGACAAUGGCCACCACACAGCUUCCUUCGCCAGACACAACACAGCUUCUUGCGCCGUUUCUGCCUGCUCUCCCACCAUCUGCUAUCUCUACCGAACCUGCGAUCGGUAUUCUACCACUCUUGUCCCCUAUACUUCGCCAGCGAGUCAAGCUUCUAUCUACAUCAAGUACCGAGCCAUGGAUUCGACUUCUGUGUUACGACAAGGCAAAAAUACCUGAGCUGAUUCAGAUCGCCCAAGGCGGUAGUCUUGAGCCACAUCCGGUAUCGGGUGAGGUCGAGGUCGACUGGGAUUAUGAUGCAGAGGUACGUUUUCGUCGGGUCGAUGAAGAGACUCUGCAGGCUCUCGUUGCGCUCUCCACCCUGGGUUUGGCCUUCCAGUUGAUCUACUGUGUUGGGGACGUUGAGGGCGGAGGUGAUGGCUGGAGGGUUGGCGAGGUCACUAUAGCAGACAAACCCUCACCUUUCUUGCAAUUUGGGGGAGCAUCCAGCAUCGCAGAGGCCGAGAGACAAUUCAGAGAAACACAGGCAAAGAAGGUGACCAACCAAGCCAAGGACGCCAACGGCCACGGCCAUGGCAAUAGCUUGCAUAUUCCUCAUAGUGGCCACGAAGAAGACGAAGAAGACGACGAUGAUUACUGGGCACGGUACGAUGCAACUCCAUCCCGGACACCAGCGCAGAAACAGUCACCUGCACCUCCUUCGAAAUCUACUUCUCAAAUCGGUGGUGUUCGUGCAUCUUCGGCAGAGGACGCAUAUUUUGCUCAAUAUGACAGUGUUCAGCCUGCUAUGGAUAAUCAUGAUCCGGAUGAGGAAGAGGCUGCUGCGCAAAUUGCUCCACCACUGGGACUCGGACGUACCCAAGAAUCUGCCGAAGCCACAGAGCUUAAUGAGACACAGAGCGCGUGGACAUUGGCCGAGAUCGAGAAGAGUGAUUCAAGCCCAACACAAAACGGAGAUGAUACCGAGCGCCACGCCGCUCUCCUUCAUCCACGCCCAGCCUCAAGCGCCAGUUCCAACGGCUCGGAAACAGUUGCUAAGCUUGAGGCAUCUGCCGGCAAACAAACACAAAAUGAGUUUGGUGUCAAGCAGCAUGUAUCGCGCAGUAUUCGAAGCCUGUUCAUGCUUUCGCGUGCUUCAGGUAUUGAUCGCCAGGAGUUUGAGAGCCUUGUUCGUGCCGAGCUCGAUAUUCUUGGCAUGGUUGAGGCCCAAGAACAAGUCUGAUCUGGAACACCAUUUCACCACAAAUUUUCAUAUUUCCGCAUAAAGAAAUUGGAAAGCCUUUUCAGGCGGAGUCUUGCAUCUUUUUCUACCCAGUAUUUUUAACAUGCAUGUAAGGCGUUGGUUGUUAGGCAUUUGGACGGCAGCUUGAGCAUUGACAAGGCCUUCAGCCUUCUUACUUAACUUGGACGGAACUUGGACAUAGAGGAUAGGUUGGACAGUAUCUUAUGAGAGAAUGGUAAAUGGUUCAAUGCGAAAGGUCCAACUGGCCAAGUCUGUUG